AUGGCUCUCAGGCGCGUUUUCUCUGUGCGCACCGCCACACUACGCCUCGCCUUACUUUCCACUGCGCCGGCGGCCCGCGAGCAGCCCACCUUGGGCCCGAGGGCCGUGCCGGCAUGCGGGACGGCCGACGCUGCGCGGCCGCGGGUGCCGGUGGUGGACUUCGGCAACGCUCAGGAGGCGUACCGCAGCCGGCAGAGCUGGGAGCUGGCGCGCAACCUGCUGGUGCUGCGUUUGUGCUCGUCGCGGGCGCUGCUGGCGUACCACGAGCAGCUGCUCCAUAUUGCCAGGAAACUUCUGGGCCAGAAGCUGUUCAACAAGCUCAUGAAGAUGACCUUCUAUGGGCAGUUUGUGGCCGGUGAGGACCAGGAGUCUAUCCGGCCUCUGAUCCAGCAUAACAAGACCUUUGGUGUUGGUUGUAUCCUGGACUACGGAGUGGAGGAAGAUCUGAACCUUGUGCGCACGAAGUUGGAGUCAUGUACCUCUGAAGUACAGAGGGAUGGCAGUGGCACAAGUAAGAGUGAAAAGCAGUAUGAGGACCAUGUGGUGUUCGGAGACUGCAGGGAUGAUGUCAUCUGUGCCCGCAUCAACGUCUAUGCCAACGAAGCCAAGUGUGACAGUAACAUGGAGACCCUCUUGUUUUCCAUUGAGGCCUUAGGUGCAGUCAGUGAUGAUAACUUCUUAGCCAUUAAACUCACUACACUGGGGAGACCCCAGUUUCUGCUGCAAUUCUCAGACAUGCUGAUCAAGUGGAGACGGUUCUUCCACCAAAUGGCUGCAGAACAAGGGCAGGCUGGACUUGCUGCUGUGGAUGUGAAGCUGGAGGUGGCAGCACUGCAGGAAAGCAUUGCCAAGAUGGGCAUCGCAUCCAAGGCUGAGAUUGAGGACUGGUUCACACUGGAGACCUUGGGAGAGUCUGGCACUGUGGACUUGUUGGACUGGAGCAGCCUCAUUGACAAGACCCGGCUCUCCAAGCACCUGGUGGUCCCCAAUGCACAGACAGGACAGCUGGAGCCCCUGCUGUCAUGGCUCACCGAGGAGAAGGAGCUGCAGAUGACAAGGAUGCUGCAGAGGAUGGAUGUGUUGGCCAAUAAAGCCAUGGAGGUGGGUGUGCGGCUGAUGAUUGAUGCCGAGCAGACUUACUUCCAGCCAGCCAUCAACUGCUUGACCCUGAAAAUGCAACGUAGAUUCAAUGUAGAGAAGCCGCUCAUCUUCAACACAUACCAGUGCUACCUCAAGGAAGCAUAUGACAAUGUGACACUGGGUGUGGAGCUGGCUCGCCGUGAGGGCUGGUGUUUUGGGGCCAAGCUGGUACGUGGUGCAUACAUGACCCAGGAGCGUGCCUGUGCUGCAGAGAUUGGCUACAACGACCCCACCUGUCCCACAUAUGAGGCCACCAAUGCCAUGUACUACAGGUGCCUCAACUAUGUCCUAGAGGAGGUGAAACACAAUGCCAAGGCCGAGGUGAUGGCAGCCACCCACAAUGAGGACACAGUGCGCUUCACCCUGCGUAGGAUGGAGGAGCUAGGCCUGCAUCCCGCUGACCGCCAGGUGUACUUUGGACAGCUGCUGGGCAUGUGUGACCAAAUCAGCUUCCCACUGGGCCAGGCAGGCUUCCCUGUGUACAAGUAUGUGCCCUAUGGCCCCGUGAUGGAUGUGCUGCCCUACCUGUCACGCCGGGCCCUGGAGAACAGCAGCAUCAUGAAGGGUGCCCAGCGGGAGAGGCAGCUGCUGUGGCAGGAGCUGCGGCAGCGGCUCUUCACUGGCCGUCUCUUCCGCCUGUCCUAACCACACACUGCUACCAGGGC